AUGAUGCCCAACUUUGCCCUCCGUGCAUUGCUCCCAGUGGUCGCAGUGGCUGUUCUUACAGCUGUUAAAGUUGCCGAAAGUCAGAAGGUUGCUGUGGACAUUGGGACGUCCUCCACCCCAUCGCCAGUUUACCCCACCGUCAAAUUCCGGGUCCUCAAUGUGGACCAUGUGCUUCUGAGGCAGGACAGCCCAGGGCCAUCAGGGAACUCCAGCCUGAAGGUUCAGACUCAGACUUUUCUCAUCACCGGUAAAGGCGCUGGGCUCCUCCAGCCAGCUGUCAACACUUCAUACGGGCCCCUCAGCGUGGAUGCCCCGAUUCCUCCAGACCUGCUCCUCAGUGGGCUCAGGAUCCUGCCAGUCAUUUUGGUCCGACAGGUUCGCUCCUCAUCCCCCGUUGUCAAGAUUCUCUUCCACAUGCCAACGGAAAGUGACAUCGCUGUCGGGCAAGAAAAGAGCACCGGAGCCGAUAAGGCAAAGGAUGGAGCUCACUGUGUGACGGCGUACGCCUUCUGGGAGACGAGGGAGGUUCGCGGGGCAUGCCUGGUGUCUCCGGGUGGAUUCUGCGUAGCACAGCUGAAGCCAGAACCGGCCUGGUUCAGCUCAGGCAGCCGAUCGAGCAGCUCCAGCAGGGAAGCAGGACGGAUCGAAGGAAUUAAGGGGCUUCAGGGGAACCUCGUGGAAGUCUAUUUCCAGAGUCGGAGGGAUCAGACGGGCCAGUGUGCCCCGCAGGAUAGCCUGCAGCGUGUAGGAGUGGGAAGAGGAAGAGACUCCGGGGGAUCAGGGACACCGAUGAGGCGGAUAGGAAGUGUCAAUCUGCUCCGAACUCCACCGGGGAACCCCACCUUUUUUCGACUGAGGCUGGGAGGCGCCGUGGUGAUUCAGACCUCUUCAAAGCCCCUGAAGGCCGCAGACGUCGCUACUUUCUACGUCUUCCUGGCCAGCACAUCUACCCUGGAAAGUUUUACUCUCAGGGGGACAGUGAAAACGGGCCUGUCAUUCAGCGCGGCGCGGCCCAGUGACUCAGCGCUGUGGGACAUCGUCGUGGAGCCUGGCAGAGGAGCGUCUCCCAGCGCUGUCUCCGUCGUCUGCCAGAGGAAGGUCGCCGUCACCGCAAAGAGGGGUCUUCUGGAAGUUUUACAACUGGACUUUGUGCCAAGAGAGGUUUCGGAGCAGGCUGAGAGUCAGACGAUCUCCUGGCGUCUGGAGUUGCCGGGGAACGUCAAGGAUGUGGGAAUGAUGCGGAUCUACACGACUCAGAGAGAUUAUGUGGGGCUGGCACCUCUGGUCAUGAACACGGAUAUCUUGAAUACUGCUGUGCUGACGGGUGAAACGGUGUCGGUGCCUGUGAAAACUCUGGCCGUGGAGGCCGACGGCUCAGUCACCGAUGUGACCAACUACACCAGCUGUACGUCGACAGCGGAGGAUGUACUCAAGGUGUCAGAGCGAUGCGAGUACAUAUAUGUAAAUGGGAAGGAGACACGAGGGAAGAGCAAAGUGAUGCUCAACUUUACUUACGGUUUCCUGAGUGCCCAGCUGGAGAUGAGUGUAUGGAUGCCCCGCCUGCCGUUGCAAAUGGACGUGGCCGACCCCGAGCUCAGCCAGAUCAAAGGCUGGCGAGUCCCUGUUCUUACAGGCAACAGGAGGUCGACAUGGGAUAGCGAGGAAGAGGAGGAGAUGAGGAAGGGCAGGGGUUGCAUGCUGCAGUAUCAGCACUCUACACUCAGGGUGCUGACACCAUUCAUAGCCCAGGCUGACGCUGAGAUGCCGCCUGACCCGCUGACUGGGGCGGAGCCUGUCGAAUACUUCCUGGGUCCUGACUGGCAGGUGGAUGUGACCAAUCUCGUACGCUCUUCUCUAAAAGUGGCAGAUCCUGAUGUAGCCAGGGUGCAGGAUGGGGUUGUGCUGCAGGGACGAGCUGUGGGCACUACUACUGUGCGGGUGCUGUCCCCUCUGACAUCAUCGGUCCUGGCUGAGAGGAGCAUCAGGGUGGUGGAUGAUAAAGUGAGUGUGACGGAGCUGGGGGUGCAGUUGGUUUCCGGACUCUCUCUGUCCCUGCAGCUCAGUCCGGGGAGCAACAGGGCCAUCGUCACCACGGCAACCACACGGGAGAUUAUCACACAGCUCAAACAGGAAGCAGUGGUCAGCUGUUGGGUUCAGUUCAGCGACGGCGCGGUCGCCCCACUGGAGCUGUUCGACCGCAGCGUCUACUCCCUAACGGUCUCUACCCCGGAUGAGGGGGUGGCCACGGUACGCCGCACCCCUCAGUCCACGUUUCUAGUAGCGCAAGGCGAAGGUGAAGGCCAGGGGGCGCUGGUGAGAGUGGAGCUGAGGAUCUGCGAGGAGUGCCAGAAGUCCAAGAGGAAGAGCAAGUUGGCGGUGGGAUUGGGCCUCCUCAGGAUCAACUUCCAGAGUGGCGGCAGAGUUGCGGCAGGAGGAGGAGGAGGAGGAGGAGGAGGAGGCGGCGGGAACGAGGUUGGUGCUGACGGGAAUAAAGAUUUUGAUGGCGGUGCGUUAGAAUUGGUGGGCGAGCUUAAAACGACAAUGACGUCACAGCGUGUUGUCACAGAUGCGGAUAAGUGGUUGUUCAGGAGCACAGUACCUGACCAGCGAGAGUCCACCGCGGCAGAAACAACCACAUUUUCAACAAGAUCUAUGCAGCCGUAUGUCGUGCGAAUUGGAACUACAACCAGGGCUGCGAGAGGUACCACAACUUCCACUACAACUAUGAACACUGCCAGACCUAUAGAUACAACAGUGGGUUUAGUUAGUAAAGAAGAAGGGCAGAAGAGAAGCUAUGGAAACAUGCUUGAUUCACCCGCUAACAAAGACAUUCCUAAAGCCGAAGUGACACCCAAAAAGGAGCCUCCUAAAUCUAAGACUCCAAAAGUAAUUGAGAGCGACCUCAUUAGGACAUUCAGAGCCAUGUCAGAAAUGGAAAUUGGCAUGUAUGCCUUAGUGGGGGUCUCCUGUGUAGCUAUCUUUGCUUUUUUGCUCAACUGUGCUUCGUAUAACCUCUGUUUCCGCAAUCACAAGACCCCCAUACAGCCGGGCCCGGCGCCCACCGGGGACCCGAAGGAUCACAAGCACGACUGGGUGUGGCUGGGGAGCAACAACGAUGGCGCUCCCCCCCCGGGCGCCCCAGCUCAAGCGUCCACGCUGAAACGCGAGGCCCAUCGCCAGAUGGAGCCCCGUCAUUCCAUAGAGUCCAUUGGCCGCCGCAGCCUGGAUGGCGCCCUGCCCACCGUGAGCGCCCCCGCCGUCCCCGAGAGGACCGCCACCCUGGGCCGCAGCAGGAACAGCUCCCUGCAGCAUCAUCAGCAGUUUCAGGGGAAGGCGAUCGACCCCAUGGCGAAUCGCUCGGCCACUUUGCUGGCCAGGCCGCAUCGCAACGAGCCGCUCCACUCGCCCACCAGUAAGCGGAACCAGGUCCAGUUCACCACCUUCACCACGCUGGACAUCAAGCACUUGGCCGCGCUGAAGAAGAACGGCGUGGACUUGAACUGGGCCCACCAGCAGGCGCAGCAACACCAGGUCCCUGCCGAGCCCCAGUCACCUUUACCUGACAUGCCGUGGCCUGUAGUCAAACCACUAGGAGAGCCUCAGUGAGGUUGUUGGAGGGUUUCUAUGCGUGUGUGGAUGAGUAUGAGUGAAACAAGUGUACAUACACGACAAGUUCUGGUGUAGAACGUCUACAAGACAAGCUUUUGAUUGUUUUUGAUGAAAGAUAAAUCACUUUAGAGGUAUUUAUUGAGAUAUGAUAAAAGACAUUUUAUAUUAAACUAUGUGCUCAGUUAAAGCCUGUAAAUACAUUAUGUAAUGGUGUACAACAUAAGAGAUACUAUGUUCAUUUUUUAAAGAUUCAAAGCCUGAUUUUAUCCUCAAGAUUCUUUUAUUUCUGCUCUCCAGAUCUGAUGUUUGUAAAUAUAAAUAUAUCUAUACUAUUAUUUAUUUCUACAUUUCUAACUCAAAACAAAUGCAUUUUCAUCUCCUUUUACUUUUGUACAAACUCUGUCGCCCCUGUAGAAACGGCUCCAGAUAUUGCUAUAGUUGUCAGGGUAAAUGCAGUAUACGGGAGGGAUUAUUUCUCGUAAUUCUAUUCUUUCCCCAGCCUUCUGUACUUUUUUUUUUUCUUCUUCUUCUUCUUCUUCUUCGCGGAUUCCUCCGGAGAAUACCUGAAGAGUCUGUGCAAUUUGUCAGAGAAUAUGCAAAGUUAUUUUGAGCAAUCUGUCACUGCGGUCUUCGCCGGAUAUUUAUUCAAAUCAAAUGCAUGCUAUGCAAAUAUAGUCCGUGCCCACGUUUGAAGUGGACAUUGUUUCUGAAUUUUUUAACAAAACUUACCUUGCUCUCCGGGCUUCUCCUGAGGGCCUGCUUCUACAAUUUGUACAAAUGUCUAAUCUCGGUCUGUCGACACGAAGCAGCAAUACAUAUUCAACUGUUAGGAUUUUUCAUGUGUGAAUGAAAGAUGAUGAUGCCUUUUUCUGUGUACCAUCCUCUUAUUUUUAAACCAAAAUGUGAUGUGUUGCCUAUUUCCCCAUGAGAUCCUAUCAAUAAAGAAUAAAUAGAUACA